UACAUCAACAAUGAAACUCUCUUCUAACGGAGAGUCACGCCUACUUGAACUCCUAUUGGUUAAAACUAUUCUCUUCAUCCUCCUAUUGGAUAAACGUCCUUCUACACGAUGACGAAUGAGGAAAUGGACUGACUCGACCGGAAUGCAGGUUGGAAACAAUUAACAUGGCAGCGACAAAGAAACUGGCAUCUUUCCGGUUGCCUCCGCUGCCCACAGUGGGUGAGCUGAUAAAGCUGUACAACCUGCGGGCUGAGAAGCAGCUGUCCCAGAACUUCCUGCUGGACCUGAGGCUCACCGAUAAGAUUGUUCGUCAGGCGGGCUGUUUAAAUGACGCCCACGUAUGUGAGGUGGGUCCAGGUCCAGGGGGAAUCACUCGCUCCAUCCUCAAUGCUGGAGCUGCAGAUCUGCUUGUUGUGGAAAAAGAUUCACGCUUCAUCCCUGGGCUCAAGCUGCUGUCUGAGGCAGCGCCAGGCAAGCUGAGGAUUGUCCACGGUGACAUCCUCACCUACAGAAUGGAUCGUGGAUUCCCAACGCACAUCUCAAAGGCAUGGGAUCAAGACCCACCAAACCUUCACGUCAUCGGGAAUCUGCCAUUCAGCGUCUCCACCCCCCUCAUCAUCAAGUGGCUGGAAAAUGUUGCAAACAGGACAGGGCCCUUCGCCUUUGGACGCACUCGGCUCACGCUCACUUUCCAGAAAGAGGUGGCAGAGAGGUUGACGGCCAGCACGGGCAGCAGGCAGAGGAGCCGUAUCUCCAUCAUGGCUCAGUAUCUGUGCACUGUUCACAGCUGCUUCACCAUACCUGGGCGGGCCUUCGUCCCCAAGCCAGAGGUAGGACAACGGUCUUUAAUUUAAUUAAUUUGACUCAAACGAUUUUCUCAAAGUUCUCGCUAUAAUAUAGAGUUUUGAGGCAACGCUGAAAUGCAACAUCAACUCACAAGAAAAAAAUGAAUGAAAAAA